UAAAUUGAGUUUGGCCAUCUCCAAGAUUUUUCUUCAUAGUUGCGUAUUUAAACCACCCCCGUUCUGCGUGGAAGUUGCAACGUCUUGUUCACUAGAAAAUGGCAUCGCCCGCCCUGCAGGCUACGACAACAAUAGCACAUCUGACCAAUGCAAUGCUUCGCUCACCAUCAUCAGCUUUGGCGUGUGUUCGAGGGGUCUCAACUUUGACACGCGCCAAGCUCCCAAAUCUCACCCGGUCACUCUGCACUUCAGGGUCGAGGCCAAACUUUCUACAAGCCGCAGGUCCUAACAAGAAGAGCUGCCGUGCGCCGGGUGCCAUACGCCACUUAUCAGCCAGCUCAACUUCAACCCCACGGCCCUUUGCCAGUGUCGCCGCUGGGCACGCACCGGCUAAUCCACCAAAGUGGAGACCGCCGACAGAAGAAUGCCUGGAAGAGCGCCCGGUCCUCAUAAUCGGGGCCGGCAACAUGGGGAGACGCCUCGCACUGGUAUGGGCGUCGGCUUCUCGGCCCGUCACCGUCUACGACACAUCCCAGGACGCGCUCGACGCGACGACCGAGUACCUGACAGACAACCUGGGGGCGUACUGCGCGGGGCGCGGGACGCACCCGGGGCACGUGUGCACGACGACGGACCUGCGCAUCGCCACGACGACGGGGCGGCUCGAGGGCACGCAAUCGGCGACAGAGGCGCAGGACAUUGAGCUGAACUCGGGGGCCAAGGGCCCGUGGAUGGCCGUCGACUGCCUCCCCGAGUCGCUCGGGCUCAAGGCCGCCGUGCUGUCUCAAAUGGAGCACUUGCUGCCGGGCAGCUGCAUCCUGGCGUCCAACAGCUGCAGCUUGCAAACGCGCGAGAUCGCCGCCGCCGGCCGUCUGCACCACCCGGAGCGCCUGCUUAACACGCACUACUUCAUCCCGCCGCGCAACCGCAUGGUCGAGCUCAUGUCGAGCUCGCGCACGCACGCCGAGAUCUUCCCGUUCCUCGCCGCGCAGAUGCAGCGCGUCGGGCUGGCGCCGAUUAUCGUGCCCGUGCAAUCGCAGGGGCUCAUCUUCAACCGCAUCUGGGCGGCGUGCAAGCGCGAGACGCUGGCCGUGCUGGCCGAGGGCGUCGCGCGGCCCGCCGACAUCGACGCCCUGUUCCGUGACUUCUUCCAUGCCGAGAAGGGGCCCUGCGAGCGCAUGGACGAGGUUGGCCUCGACCGCGUUGCUAGUGUCGAGAAACACUGCCUCGAGGAGCGGCCGGCGCUGGCCCGCGACGGCAAGGCGCCAUUGGACUGGCUCGUCAGGUCGUACGUCGACAGGGGCAGCCUCGGCGAGAAGACUGGCGACGGCUUCUUCACCAGCGCCGAGAGGGACGCGCUGAAGGAGAAGCACAAGGUCGAGCACUACAAGGUUGUCGAGGAGGCAAGGGGCGCUUGAUAUUUUCUUUCUUUUUCCUUUCUUCAUUUCUUUUUGGCAAGAUGUUCGGGAACACGUGUCCUCGGGUGUUGGCACUGGAAGAGAUCGCGCGGGUAUGUCGUAAGUGGCUUGCUUGUUUGUUGAGUGGCUUGAUAGGAUCGAGAAAGAUGAUGCCCGUCUUGGAAAGUGUUGCCGAGGUGUGGUGCAGGCAGCGCGCUAAUGGUGGCGUGGAUUUGGUGGGGGGGCCAACAUUCCCCCGCAAUGGAACCAAACGGGAAUGGAAGGUAGCGCCGUUGCAGGUGUCAAAGGGCGCGCCGUUUCUCCAACUUGCAUUGACAUUUCAACCCGAACCUGGAGGUCGACGAUAUCAUUCAAUUCAGCUUUACGCGUAAAAGCCUCCUGCUCUACUCCUUAAAAGGGACC